AAAGUUUUAUUAUAGAGAGCUCCGGGUCUCCUCCUGCUUCGAUGGACGUGUGAAUCCGCGCAUGCGCUGUGCCGCUUCUGUCAGCCAGGGCGGUGAUCUCUCUCUCGCGCGCACACACUCUUUCUUUACGUCUCUCCCUCUGUGGGAAAAACCCGAGCAGGAGGAGAGCAGAAGGGGGGAGGAGGCGGACUGCUUCUUCUUCUUCUUCUUCCGAUACAGCGGCGGCGGCGGCGGCGGGAUAUUUAGAGAAAUAAAUCAAAAAGAUCCACGCGGCAGCCCCCCACCCCGGUGCGGAGCGGCAGAGGAAGAGAAAAACCACACGGAUGUGCCUCCGAAAGCGCAGCGGAUACCGCCCUCCGGACCUUAUUAAUGCCAAGAUUGAGAGGUCCGAGGCAGAAGGGGGGAUGACAUGCAUGUGUCCGGCCUGCUAACAUCGCUGACGACUCGCACACUAACCGACUGCCCGCCCUUGCGACAUGACGGACGUACUGUACACAGGUCCGAUCCCGGCCGAGCGAGGGGGCGAGCUGGCCAUGGGGGGAGGUCGCAGCGAGACCUCAGCACUGAGCGGGGCAGGAGGGGGGCGGGGCGUGACCACUACCCAGAAUUCCCAGCGGCCCAACGCCUGCUGCUUCUGCUGGUGCUGCUGCUGCAGCUGCUCAUGGAAUGAAGAGGAGAGACGGAGGCGGAGGAGGAGGAAGAGAAUAUCACAGGACACCAAGAUGGAAACCAUACCAAACUGUGAAGCUUGCACCAAACCCACAACGGAAGAGAUGCGGAUGUGGGCUCAGUCCUUCGACAAGCUGAUGAGGAACCCAGCAGGUCGGAAUGUUUUUCGGGAGUUCUUGCGGACUGAGUACAGCGAGGAGAACAUGCUGUUCUGGUUGGCCUGUGAAGACCUCAAACAGGAAAUCAACAAGACCGCCAUUGAGGAGAAAGCGCGCUCCAUCUAUGAGGAUUACAUUUCAAUAUUGUCGCCAAAAGAGGUGAGUCUGGACGCCCGGGUUCGAGAGGUGAUCAACAGGAAGAUGCAGGACCCGACGCCUCACGCGUUCGAAGACGCCCAGCUACAGAUCUACACGCUGAUGCACAGGGACUCCUACCCACGAUUCCUCUCCUCCAACAUCUACAAGUCGCUCUUGCACGGCGGCUCACGUACCUCGUCUGAAUCCUAGUCCCACAUCACCUCCUCUACUGGUCCUGCGCUCACAGGAUUGAUGCCAGACCAUUUCAUGACUUCUCCAGCACACUCCUCCCUCCCAGUACAGAACUACCCAAAAAUUACCAGACUCCUCCUCAGUUCACUUUCUCAGAAUCACAAAUCUCUCUGACUACUGCCAAGACUUUCUUCUCAUGUGUUGUUUUUUCCACUCCAUAUCUUCAACUUUUACUACUGUUGCCAAGACCUCCCCUCCUCUGCUGUUUCCUCCUCUCGUCUCUUCACUCCAGUAGACUUCUGUCUUCUGUACUUGAGAAAUUCAGGCAAUUACAACUAAAAACUAACAAAUAAUUGAAAAUAUUUGUCCGGUAAUAGCUACAAAAACCUGAAGUUUGCGUCAUUUGAAUAAUAUCCAAAACAUUGAACAUACCAUUUUAUACCUAUAAAAACCUGAAAACUCCACAAUAUGAUAUUUUCAGCCUCUGAAACACCUGCCUUCUCUCUAUUAUAAUGGAACCAGAUGGCGCUCAGCUUGUGGUGCUCAAAACACCCCAAAAAUACUUCUGAAAAACUCAACAUCAAUGUCUCUAUCCAGAAAUCAUGACCUGGUUACUCAAGAUAAUCCACAGAGCUUGUUGUCAGCAGUUUCAUCUAACUUUUUUCUUUCUACCAAACUACAUCCACCAACUACAUCUACCAGGCCCCAGGAAGUGCACUGGGCUCUGAAGCCAAUUUCCAUAGUGGCCAAACAUUGGUACUGCAGUUUUUGUGGGGUCAGUUAUGUGAUGCCAAAGGGCCCAAAAAGACUUUUCCCAUAGACUUACAUUGGGAAAGGGACGUCUGUAAAUCAGUGGAUACUUGUUUUUCGAGUGUCACAGCCCCCUCAGAAUAACUGAUUCCACUAUCAGGAUUUAAUCCAUUCGGCCCCAGAACAUUUUGAAAGUUUAAAAGAUACGCAAAAUUAAAUUAAUUUAUCCCAAUUCACGUUAACAGAGCGCUAAACUGGCUGUUCUCUGCAGCUCUAAGGCCCAAUCCCAAUACCCCCCCUUGUCCACUACCCCUUAGCCCUUGGCCCUACCCCUAGCCAUUGCCCACUACCCCUUGGCCCUCGAAAUGAAGCAACGAGGGGUAGGGGUUGAAAUCAUUCCCUAGGAAUUGGGUCACCACUCACUACGUCACCACGUCGGUUACGUUCACCUAUUUUAAACAGGAAGCUGCGAGCCAUCUACAUUUCCAACCCGCAUUUACAAUGGAGUCUCCGGUUGAGUUCAUCCUACCGAUCGUGUUUGCUGUAUUCAUCAUGCUUCGUUUGAUGAACGACAGACGACAGGGGACUUCUGCUAGCUAGCUAACCAGCUAACAUCACGAGGCACCAUAGUUAUUCUAGCUGGCGUGUUAUCGUAAUGUGAAAAAUCCGACAAUUUUGCAGAACAGGACAGAUGUCAGAUGCCAGAUAGUGCGAGCUAGCUAGACGACCGUAACGUUAGCUAUGUAUGAACUUUUUUUCCCGUCUUUUGCUUGGUGGUAGCCAUGGCAACAUCUACACCUUGCUGGCAAGUCAGCAUCUGAAACCCCUCGCUCCGAAGGGCUAGUUUCAUACCCACUACCCCUCGUUAUGCCCCCUACCCCUACACGCAAAAAGGAAUUGGGACACCACUACCCCUUGCGGGAAGGCGCAAAUGUAGGGGUAGGACCAAGGGGUAGGGCUAAGGGGGGGUAUUGGGACAGGCCCUAAGUCUCCAGUGCCUCUGCUCUAUGGGCGCCGAUUGUCCAGGUAAUUUCGUACCGCCGAAAUACAGCUUUUUCGGCUUCAUACACCACGGAGCAACUUUCAAAGGAAUAAACAGGCCAAUGCUGUAUGUAGGUUUCUGAAUACAUCCAUGACAUCUUCUUAUAGACAAGAGUCUUGUGCUCAUGAUAGUGUGAGAUGUCAACAUUAAUGACGUCCUCUUCAGUGUAGCUGUGAAGAAAAUGGUUUCAUGAAAUUGCUCACAACAAGGUCUGUGGAUUAUCUUGAGUCGCCGGGUCACAGUUUCUGGAAAGAGACAUUUCUGUUGAGUCAUUUAAAUGUGUUUUAUUGGCGCUUUGAACACCACAAGCUGAAUGUCAUCUAGUUCCAUUAUAUUGGAGAGAAGGCAGACAUCUCUACAGCUGAUAUCUGCAAUAUAGGUGAGAGGAAAAAAUACGUAUUACGUAACUAAAUCCUAAAGCAGGAGGGUUUUAGAACAAUUAGAACCAAUAAAAAGUACGAAACAUUCCUAUUGCCAUUUCUCCUAGGUUGGGCCCAUUUUCGAGUCAGAUUGACCGGACUACUGGUAUCAGUUUGAUUUUAAGGCUUCCUUCCUGACCGCUAAAAUUGCUCAACACUUAUCAUCCACUUCUAUCCCUCUAUUGAUUCUUUCAACUAAUUUUCUACCUUCAAACCCUCCUCCUCCCUCAUCACAUCACUUUUCUCCUGUGUUUCACCUCAGCGACUCCUGAACAGAGAAGGAGGCGAUGUUGCAGUAUUUCUUUGGGACAUAAGGCGAUGCACAUGAUUACAUGGGAGAUUUUGAUGCAUUUCAAGGGGACAAAUAUUCACCUGUGCCAUGGAUUCUUAGUAGAUUCUUACCAAUCCGCCCCUCCCUCUGCUCAUGACCAUCCUAUCACCUUUCCGAGCCAAUUAAAGGUGGAUGCCUCUGACCUCCGCCCACCUCAUCACCUUGUUUUUCAUCCUGCGGUUCUCUACUCCGAGACUGAUGGAAAGGCAAAAGAAAAAGAUGGAUGCUGUCUCACUCCCUCUCUUUCUCUCGUCCUUUUCUCUCUUUCAACUGGAAAACACAGGGUGCUCCCCCCAUCCCUCGCCAACGGCAAAAAAAGUUUCUUAUUUUUGUUGUUUAUUUAUCCACUCUUGUUUGCUGGAUCAAUCAUUUCACUCCUGUGAUAAACAAACGGACAAAUGGAUGGAUGUCACUUCCUUCCGACUACUGAUUUACAAACAGACAAGACGUCUAUUUUUUAAGAGAAAACUAUAUGGAACAUUUUAAUUUUGUUGAUUUUUUGUUUGUUUUGUUUUGUUGGUUUCUCCCACUCUCUCCCCUUCCUGGAUUUUUUGCAAGAAGAGGAGGAUUCCUCUGAGACUGUACUGAUCCCCACCCGACACAACACCACAGACACCACACACAGGUGCAAUAAAACACUGGAGUUUGGAAAAACACACACAUGCAGACAUUUACAAAAUUUGUGUUACUAUACUUCAGGGGAUGUUUCCUUCCUUCCUUUCCAAACUAUAAACCCUCAGCGAGAUCUGACCGAGUCGACCAAAGUCCCCGCAGGUUCAUUUUGUAGUAUUUCAGAAUUUUAUUACCCUGGCACCAACACCAGUUCGUAAAUGUGAGUUAGUCUGGAACCUCUCAGUUCAUCACAGUUUCCAAGAGGUGUUGUCAACAGCCGUAGAUCAAAAUGUCUCAGGACACAAUUGGAUUGACCUGCAACCAAUCAGAGCGAUGACACGUGAUGUAGCGCUGAGCAACGCAAACAGAAAACAGCGUGCAGAGAUGAGCUGAGAUGGAGAAACAUUACCAUGUCUGUGAGUGAGUGUGGCUGUUUUGCCUUCAGAAUUUUAAAAUACUUCAACAGAAAGUUCCACACCAGCUGCAGCCAUCUUGUUUUCUUAAUUUGAAAAUGCCUCAGUGGCGCUCCUCCUCACUAAGCUACCUUUAUUCUUGCCAUAUUGUUUCAGGCACGAGGAUUCACAAGCUGAAAAUGACUUAAGAUUAAGAUUGAUCUUUAUCGUCUCUCAAGAGAAAUUCAUUGUGGGCAUACGAAAAAAGUACCGGCGUCUCACAUCAACAUGCAGAUUACAGUCACACUUGACUUAAUCAAGUCUUUUGUGUUAAGCGUAAAGUCUGCACAAGUUGUUCGUCAUUGCAACACACCUGUCCAGAGUUGCGUUAGUAUUUCUCGUUGCCCGUCAUUUUGAAGGACAGGGUCGUAAAGACUGUCAUAAUCUGGUAGCACUUACACUCAUAUUUUAUCUGCUGCCGACUGAUGUACGUUGUCAGUAUUACCUGCUUGUCCGUCAUCCUCCAUUGCAUCAGUUCCUGUUUUUGCUCAUUUUUGGGCUCCAGAGAUUUGGUAACACAAGUAAUCAAUUGCGACUGUUUGAGGUGUGGCUGAACAUGACUUAUCUAAAAGCGUAUUUCAUUGUAAAGCUGCACGCAGCAUAUUAAUUCCCUCGGCCUGUCCUUGCCCUGUUCUCGCUCUGUUUACAGUGAGACUGCUGCGGGAGUGCGAGCUCCACACUUGGUACAGUUUGUGAAUGUCCGUUAGCUCACACACAGUGACCGGGCUAACUGUCCGCAACACACAGCGAAUACUACCCAACAUUUAUUAACAGAUUUAACAAAAGAGUCGAACCAUGUCAGAGUCGGUGUGUUUGUUAGGUUUAACGGCUCGGUGUUGGAUGUUGGAUGUUAGUUGCCGAUGCUGUGCGAGCUCAUGCUAACUGGUUCAACUUCCGGCUUUGACAUUUUGCAGUGUAGCAAUUUAGCUUAAAAAGCAAAGAGGUAACCUCUCUGGCUAAAGUCAUGUACGUGAGACUACACGCCACCAUCUGGACAGGAGUGUGAAUUACGUAAAGUUACAGUAGAUCGCUCGCUUCUCAAAAUGACAGACAAACUUUAGAUUUUUCAGUUAGUGUUAAAAAAUAUCAGUCAGCGAUUACAUGUUCGUUAGCCAAUCAGAUGCUAACAUUUUAGUUUAAAGUUUUACUGGUCAGGAAGAAACAAAGAAGUUAAAGAGUGAAAGUUUUAAACCUGUAUAGUAUAGUAAUACAAAUAAACACACACACACACACACACACACACACACACCAGGGUGGCCUACCUGGGCACUGCUGCUGCUGACCUCUGCCUCUGUGACCUCUCACCUUUGACCUCACCACUGUCUGUCGCCCACUCGGACGCCUGCUCCUGAUUGGCUGCAGGAGGCUGCAGGGCUGAACUGUGGUUGGUCGAUUCAGGAAGGGGGGUGGGAGGAAAUCCCAGGUGCAAAAAAAAAAUAUAUAUAGAUAUAUUAAUGAAAAACAACUAAUAAAAAAAAAAUCUAUAUAGAAAAACAGAUGUUAUGUGAGAUGGGAUGCUUACACCCAGUGCUUCAUGGGAAAUGUAGUUUGAGGAAAACAAAUGUUUGUAGUUGUCUAAGGAGGCAGAAACAACAGAUUUUAAAAAAAGAGAUGCCUCGGUCUUUACCAGACUGGUCACUCAGAAUGCAUUUAUCUUAGUAUUGUUAAUGUUAUUUAUUUUAUAUUUUGUUAAAACUGUGAUUUUAAUUGUACAUAUAUAAACGGAAACCCUUGAACAUCCAA